GCCAAAGCCAAACAAAGAAGCAUACAAAAGUUUAAUCCAUAGUUUAUUGUUUACCAAAAAUAUGACCUGUAGUUAAGCAGCGAUUAAGCAAUGGAGGACCUGUGUCGAAUUUGUGGCGGCUACUCGGAAAACUUGCUGGGCAUUUUCGACGAGCAGCUCGAAGAAUAUGUUGAAGGAGCCAAGCUCGCUGAGAUGGUGAAGGCAUGUGCCGACGUGCAGUUGGAUCCCGACGACGCACUGCCUCAAAAAAUAUGCAUUUCCUGUGUCCACGAUGCACGAACUGCUUACGGAUUCAAGCGGAGAUGCGAGGAGAACUAUAAGAAGUUCUAUUUGGCGAUAUUAAACGGGCAGGUCAUCAAAGACGAGCCCAACGUGGAGGAUUUCCUAUUCAUUGAGAGCCUUGACAAAGACAGUCUGGUAGCUAAGAAGAUGCUCAACAAGGAAAUAAAAAAAUCACAUCAAACAGCUUCCCGAACAACCAAGUCUUCCACAACUACCAGUAGAGCUGGUAGACAGCUGAGGAGUAUCAAGAAUCAGCCUUUCAAAUGCGAGCUAUGCAUCAAAGAGUUUAAGCGCCAAAUAAACCUCCUGGACCACAUGAAGGUUCACAGCAAUUCACACGUAUGCCAAACCUGCGAAGAGCGUUUUCUGUUCAAGGCCGACCUGGAUAACCACCUAUGUUAUCGCAACAGCAAUUCCACCGUCGAGUGCCCGGUAUGCUUGAAGGUCUUUUCAAGCACCCAGAGCCUGGACAGCCACAAAUGCAAGGAUAUGCAGGAUCGUUCGCCCUUUCAGUGCCCCCACUGUCAGCAGGCCUUUACUCGCGAACAAAACCUCAAGGCGCACCUGUUGAUCCACGCGGAAUCGAAACAGGGAAACGGACCCCACAAAUGCUCGUACUGCCAGACGGGAUUCUUCAACAAGUCGGCCCUCAAGGUGCAUAUCCACGCGCACAUGGGCGAGCGGCCGCAUGCCUGUCCGUUCUGUGUGUCCAACUUCCGUUCCAAGCAGGCCCUUAAGGUCCACAUCCGCAUACACACGGGCGAGAAGCCCUACCAAUGCCCCCACUGCCCCAAGACUUUUUCGGACAACAAUAACCUGGCGAAGCACCGACGACGCCACUCGGAUGAACGGCCUUACAAGUGUUCCAUCUGCCUGCAGGACUUCCGGGAGAAACAUCAUCUGAAGCGACACUUCCUGGGAAAGCAUCGGGAUGGAGAUCAAAAGCCGAAGCUAAAGUGAUACCUUAAAUUAUUGACCAAAAACGUCGGGGUACUCGAAUAUAUAAAUUAGGAUUGGGUUAUGUCUAUAUUUCAAUGAAAUAAUGUUUCUAUAGUUCAUAUUGGGACUUAAUUAAAUUAAUAUUUAUAAUUUAUUUAUAUUAAUUGGAUUAAUAUUUUUGUAGAAUUUGAACAGCACUUUGAAAACCAUUUGGAGUGGCAACACCGUUUUUGUGUAAAUGAAAAUUCGAUGUAGACACGAAGAUGUAGACAGCGUUGCCAUUUGGCCGUGAUUUGUUCACGUGGCACCACCAUUUUGAUAAACAAACAAGUUAAUCAACCCUUAAAUGGCACCAAAAGAGCAUUGGAAAUAAAACAACAAGUUGUAUGUUUAUAAAUUAUAAGUCUUACAAAUUGUAAUUGUGGUUUCCGUUUGCUUAGAACAUCAAAGCAGCUACCAACACACAAAAAAUACCGAAUAUUUCUCGACGUAAUUUUCCCUAGACGUCCUUACAAUUCGUCGUGUUCGCUUUGAUCUUUGUCUUGCUUAGAUUCAUCAUCCUUCUC